CUGGUUUGGAUAUCGUCUAUCUUUAUCAACAGGCCUGGGGUGAAGGGUUGCUGAUAAUACUCGUGCUUUCUGGAUAGUGAGGGACUGUGCGCUCCCCACUGAUUUCAUCGUUUCCUUCUUGAUUUGCUCAAGCCAACCUGCCAUCGUCAACUACGUACGGCGCAUUUCUACUUUGAAGUCACGCAUUUCUCAUAUUUUUUUUCUUCAUUGUUGAGCCACGAUGUCGUCUAUGAUUACUACUUCCGCUUGGGUGCGGCGUGGAGUCGCUGCUCAGUUCCCCACGAAAUAUGAGAUCAACGAGGAGGAAAUGGAUCGCAUAUCCAAACUUGCGAGGAUGCAGCUUGAGGAGGCUCAGGGUGAUCUGAAGGCCGCGCAAGAGGGACAUGAGGAGGAUGAGGCUAUGGAUGAGGACCAGGAGGAUAAUGAAGACUCCAAAGAGGGAGAGGAAAAGAAAAACGACGCCGCGGAUGACGAUGACUUGAAAGAAUACGAUCUGGACCACUAUGACAGUGACGAAGUCGAUGAAGAUGGCGAGAAGAUUACCAUGUUUGGUAACGUCAAGUCGCUUGCUUAUCAUGAGCCCAACGAGGAGGACCCCUACUUGGUCAUGCCGCCCGAGGAGGAAGACGAAGAACGCGAAGAACUGCAGAUUAUGCCCACGGAUAACUUGCUAUUGGCUGGUAAGGUGGAAGAUGAGGUUGCCCAUUUGGAAGUCUACGUCUACGAGGACGCGGCAGACAAUCUCUACGUGCACCACGACAUCAUGCUGCCAGCUAUUCCCUUGUCGCUCGAAUGGCUGGACAUCCCCGUGGGUAAGGCGGCCGAGGGCCGGACCACGGGCAACUUUGUCGCUAUUGGAACAAUGGAGCCUGAUAUUGAGAUCUGGGACCUCGACAUCGUGGACUGCAUGUAUCCCAACGCCAUCCUGGGUCAGGGCGGCGCUGAUGCAGAGAAUGGCCCCAAGAAGUCCAAGAAGAAGAAGGCCAAGGCCAACGACGAAUACCAUAUUGACGCCGUGCUCGCUCUGGCGGCCAACCGGCAGCAUCGCAAUCUUCUGGCCUCUGGAUCGGCCGAUCGCACAGUCAAGCUUUGGGAUCUCCAGACCACCAAAUGCGCCAAAUCCUAUGCCCACCAUACCGACAAGGUAUGUGCCCUGGAGUGGCACCCCACCGAGUCGACUAUUCUGCUGAGCGGUAGCUACGAUCGCACUGUGGUGGCAGCGGAUAUGAGAGCCCCCGACUCCAAGGCCCGAUGGGGCGUGGAUUCGGAUGUUGAGAACGUGCGCUGGGACGUGCACGAUCCGAACUACUUCUAUGUUACGACGGACGGCGGUAUGGUCUAUCGCUACGAUAUCCGCAACGUCCCCGCCACCCCCAAGGAAUCUAAGCCGGUGUGGUCGUUGCAGGCCCACGACGACUCGGUGUCGUCGUUCGACAUCAACUCAACGGUCCCCGGCUUCUUGGUUACCGGAUCCACGGACAAGCAGGUGAAGCUCUGGAACGUCGAGAAUGACAAGCCGAGCAUGGUUGUUUCCCGCAAGAUGGACGUGGGUAAGAUCUUCUCGACCAACUUUGCGCCGGAUGCCGACGUGAGUUUCCGCCUGUCGGUGGCCGGCAGCAAGGGCGUGGUCCAGAUCUGGGAUACCUCGACUAACGGAGCGGUGCGCCGGGCGUUCGUGUCGCGGAUGCCGUCUCUGGAAGGUGAGGUGCAGGAGCGGAUGAUAGGCAUGCAGCCUGAUCAGGAUGAGUCGGACGAUGAUGACGGCGGCCAGGAGGCUGGAGCUGCGCAAGGCGCGGAUGGCUGGGAAUCUAUGGAUGAGGAUUGAGAAGUUGGAAGAAUGUGAAGUGGACGAUUUCAAAUCGAAAUGACCUCACUCAUGUUUAAAAUAUAUUCGAUUUACGCAGUCUCGUAUAGAUAGUCCUGUUGACAUGCAAUGAAAACGUUGAG